AUUAUUAUUAUCUUAUUGUCUCUGCAUCGGCCUGACAAGCUCUUUUAGGGAAUAUUGUAAUCGCAUUUGACAAUUUGCAACAUUUAAGAUUGAGUGGUAAAAUUAAACCAUCUAAAAGUUUUAUGGGCACUAAAAAUUUCUGCGAGAAAAACGUCGAAAUGGCGAGAAAAAUCAAAAAAAUUUUGCGGGACAUAAAUACGUUUUGUGUAUUGUCGUGUGCGAUUGUGUGUUUCAGAAGAGAUUGUCCAUGGGCAACAUUGGCAAUUGGCAAUCUUUUGCUGGUCAAUCCGAGAGAAAAGCACUGGCGGUAAAAGAGAACUUUUGAAAAAUAGCGGAUUAAAAGAAAGGCGGCAAGUCACUUGUUCAGGAGUUCGGCUCAGCUGUGACAAAACAAAAAAAGCCAAAGGUAAAAACUCACAUUUGAAAAAAAUAAAAAAAUAUUGUCCCGCGAAUCGGUCGUCGAUUGGAAAACCGUCAAUCCGUUCUAAAUCGAGAAGCGCGGGCGCGUGGUCGUCGUCGGCAGGUCGAGAAGCGUCGCAAGUGUCCGCACCACCGUCGAAAGUGUUCCCAGGUCCGGUUAACCUGACGACGCGACGAUAACCUGCGUCUGGCCGUUGCGAGGCUCCCUGAAUUCGCGCUGACGCACGUGUUUGUGACGAUUUUAUUUUACGACUCCCGUCUUUUUGGUCUGAUCCGCACGACGUUAGCUCGCUCCGCUCCCACAUUUUACCUGCGACUACUCGCCAUUAUCUCUCCUAGGUACUUUUAUUCGCAAAAGCGGACUAGAUAUAAAUAAUGAAGCUCGUAGUUAAGAACAAUUUUGGGGAGACGGUCACUCUUCAGAUCCAACCCGAAGAGACAUUCAUCGAUUUGAAGAAGAGAGUGGAAUGCGAGGCCGGGAUUUCUUUGGACCUCACUGACAUCACGUCGAACGGAAAGAACAUGCUCGAUACGCAGAAAGUGAUGGAAUAUUUCAUGUCUGGAGUGACGCUUUCGGAAGGUGAGAAGGAAGAAGAGGUGAACAACGUGGCCUGCUCGGUGCCUGGCUGCGGAAACACCAAAGCUUCCAACGACGACAAGGUGUUCUUCGACUUCCCUCAGGAGGAGAUUAGGUGCCACCAGUGGGUGCUGUAUUGUCAACGGCUCUCCAUGAUAUCGGGUAAGCAUCGGUUGAGCCUGUCAAACGACUCGGCGAUUUGCAGCGAUCAUUUCAGGACUGAUCAGUUCGUCAAAAAUACGACUACACUUCUUAAGAGGACGGCGGUGCCCUGCAUCAAUCCCGAGCUCCCGGCCGUCGACAGCCUGAAAUACGGCAACAUACAGAAGAUACGGCCGACGAAAUCGGACGAUACGACGGCCGACGAGCUCAUCUGCAGACUCUGCGCCAAAGGUUGCAGGGACUGCAUUUUCAUUUACAGCAAGGAGGGUCGCCGCUUGGAACUGGCGGAGAAAAUCAAUAGUAUUUUACCGGUAAAUGUUAAAAUGAUGGACAAUCUUCCCAAACAGGUUUGCGGACCGUGUAUAGAGCAACUGAACUCGUUGUCGUAUCUGGCCAAGCUUUCUACUACUUCGGAAAGCCGGCUGAACGAGGUGAUGAGCGAAAACACCCCUAAAAAUAUCGUACUGACGGACGGAAGGGACGUGACUUUGCAGCCGACGGAACAGUCUUGUCCACUGUGCUACGAAGGCUGGAUAGGGAAGCUGGAAGAAGAGAAUAAAGAGAAGGAAGAAAAGGAGCCGGAACCCGAACAGGCGCCAUUGCCAGAAGAAGCCCCUUUUCCGGCUUCACAGAUAAAAAGUGAAAUCAACCAAAUUUCGACCGACGAAUCGACACAAGAGACGACGUUAAGCAGUACAGAAGAAAAAACCUACAAAUGCCGAGUGUGCAGAGAAGAGUUCGAAGAGUUCCCGUCAGUCGUGCAGCACUCUUUCUCUCAUUUCGAGGACGGCUUUUAUCAGUGUGUUCUGUGCGAGGUCUGCUAUCCUUCUCCUACGGCGAUGGUGGACCACCUAUUUUCUCACAAGCCGCAAAACAACGCAUGCCAAGAAUGCGAGAUGUCUUUCAAAACAGAGGCCGAAUUGACCAAUCAUAUCUGUGACACCAACAAACCCUUGAUAAAGUGCAAGAUGUGCAGUAAGUCUUUUAGGUCCCAAUCUAGGCUAGAAUUUCAUAUGCAUUUUCACAAUAAUAUAAAUCAAGUAUAUUGCGAAACUUGUGGGAAAGGAUUUCCGGACGAAAUCAAACUUUACAAACACACUGUUCAAUUGCACGGGAACGAGAAAAAUAAGUGCGACGACUGUGGAAAAAUAUUCAGCACCGUCAACUCUUUAAAGUAUCACGAAAAAUCUCAUCAAGGAACCAAUUGUAAACCUUACGUUUGCGAAUGGUGCGGUAAAGGAUUUAUACGCAAAAGUAUGCUCAGGAACCACGUUACAUCAACGCACAGGCUGAUUCAAGAAGUGACUUGCUUCACGUGCAAAAAUUGCAAAGAAGCUUUCGCGACGACGACUCUCGCGGUGGCCCACAUGGAAUCGAAACACGGAGAAACCGAAGGCAAAGGUGACGAACAGUCCUAUAGUUUCGAAAUGCACACGGUCUCACGACUGUUUAUUUGCGAGUACUGCGAAAAACAUUUUGCCCAAGGGAAAAUUUUAAACAAGCACAGGGAAGACCACGUUACGGACAACCCCUAUUCCUGCAAGUACUGUUCUCAGACUUUCCCGUCCUUCGCGGAGCAGUCUAAACACAAAAGCACUCACAAGGAUACCGACAUCCCUCUCGAGUACCACUCGGAGAUCAACAUCCCUGUAAACUACCUUUGCGAGUUCUGUAAUAGAUGUUUUUUAAACCAUUUGAAGUUUACCGAGCAUUUGACGAUUCAUUACGGCCCGGAACCGUAUGUUUGCAGGUUGUGCAAUCUCAAGUUCGCGACGUUGCAGGAAGUCAGUCAGCAUCGUCUCACACACGGUUCAAACGAGCCGUUCGAAGAGUUCGAUUUCAACAGGCCUUACGAAUGCCACUACUGCAACAAAUGCUUUGCCAUCGAGGACGCCCUUGUCAAACACAUCAGGAUGCAUACUGGGGAGAAGCCAUUCAUCUGUGACCAAUGUGGCAAAGGCUUUUCCCAGAGCUCGGGUCUCAACACUCACAAGAAGGUCCACUCGGACCUCCGCCCUUAUUCUUGCCCGCUCUGCCCCCGGACCUUCAAGAUCAAAGGCGACCGUGACGUCCACAUCAGAAAACACUCCGGCGACAGGCCGUACAAGUGUGAGUUCUGCGGUAAGGCGUUCAUGACCCAACACGUGUACUCGCAGCACAGGAAGAUCCAUACCGGAGAGCGUCCUUACAAGUGCGACGUCUGCGGUAUCGCCUUUAGGCGCUCUCACGUCCUCACCGUCCACAAGAGAAUUCAUACAGGUGAGAAACCCAACAUUUGCGACAUCUGCGGAAAAAGAUACAGGCAGAAAGGUGACAUGCUCAAACACCGCAGAGCUCAACAUGGAAAUAUCAAAAUCCAGGGAGCUCACUUUUUAAAUCUACCAAUUGUUGAAGUUUUAAAUAAAAUUGUAUAAACAUUUUUUUUAAAUCGUGCUUGUAUCGCAUACUAACCUAUAUUAUUGAUAAUCGCGUAUUUGUUUUUAAUGUCAUAAGACCAGUUCAUGAAAAUUUAAUUUAAAAUUAAAAUCUAAAUUACCAAUUUAUGGUUACAAUAGGAUAAAAAAUCAUGAAGUCAAGAUUUAUUUCUUAAUGUAGCAUAGUCGCGACUGAACAAGUAAAUUCGAUAAAUAAUGAAAUAAAAGUGAAUGGUGUAACCAGAAUUAUUUUAAAAUAUGUUUUGUUAAAAUUUUCUUAGGUUUUCUGUCUACGA